AUAUUCUAGCUAUCCCUAUACGCCAAGUCUCUCUUAUCCAAAUACACCAACAAUUGAUCUCAAGAUCACCACAACUACAACCAUAUCGCUCCCUCCGCCGCGUCCACCACCGCACCUGCUACGGUCGUACAAUUAAUAUAUAUACAUACAUAUAUAUACUUCUAAACCCUUGUGCAGCUAGGCUGUAGCUAGCAAACAUGUCUCUUAGACCAAGAGCAACUUCCACAAUCACCCCUGUCGCGCCACAACCAACCUCCACCUCCUCCUCCGAUACAGAACCUGAUGAAACCCCGAAAAGCCCCCAACCACCUCAACCCACCUUCUCCCAACGUGCCAUCUCCCAAACCCUAACGAGCACAGCAAACCUAGCCAACCUCCUCCCCACAGGCACCCUCCUUGCUUUCCAACUCCUCAUCCCAAUCUUCACCGGCAACGGCUCUUGCGAUGCCGCCACACGCCCCAUGACCUUGAUCCUCCUCCUUCUCCUCGGCCUCUCGUGCUUUCUCGCGUCCCUCACCGACAGCAUCAAGGCUAUGGACGGACAAGUCUACUACGGGUUGGCAACCACCAAGGGCCUGUUUGUGUUUGACUACCCGGAUGCUUCGGGUUCGGGGCUGCCGGAUUUGAGCAAGUACAAGAUAAGAUUCAUUGAUUUGGUUCAUGCAGUUUUGUCUGUAUUUGUGUUUGGCGCUGUGGCUUUGAGGGACAAGAAUGUUUUGGGGUGCUUUUAUCCCACACCAGGCCAUCAGACUCAGGAGGUCUUGGACAUUGCUCCAGUUGGUAUAGGGCUCAUUUGCAGCUUGCUUUUUGUGGUCUUCCCCACCAGGAGACACGGUAUUGGAUUCCCUCUUACGCCUGGCAAAUAACUGGGUAAUCGAAUUCUGAGAAAUGUUAUUUAGACACGCAAAAUUGUCAUUUUUUGUCAUACUUUUGCGUGUCUAAACAAAAUUAUUAAAUUUGUUGUUUAAUCAUUUGUUCUCCUUUGACUUCCAAAUGCCCUUUGGUUUUGAGUGUAGUUUAAUAUUAUUUGUUAAUUAGUCUUAAUAUAUUGUAGUUAAUUACCUGGAAGUGUAAGGAUUAAGGAACAUGUACAAUUGUCCAUUUUAGCAGAUCAAGAAUAAAUUAAUGACAUGUGUAAUUUGAUUCCCUCAAGAAUAUUGCGAGUGCUAUUUUCUAUUCUA